AUGCUUUUGCUUUCAAUGGAUCAGAUGGAAGAUAUUCUACAGUUUGUAUUCUAUCUGCUGAUUCGUCAAUCUGUGGUAUUUGCUGCUGACCCGCUCCAGUGCCCAAUGCCUGAAAAAAGACUCACAGAAGGAAAUACAACAGCUAUAUUUCGAACAACUGAGUGCGAGGACCGAAGUUACAACGGCCCAAAGCAAUUUAAAGGGGACUUUCUGACCGGUCAGUGUCGUAUCGUGUUCCACUUUCCAAUCCGUAGCAUUGAAGCUGUCUGGUAUCAAACUCGCCUGAUGGAACCCAACAAAGUUACCGAUAGUGGUACUGUGUGUGUUGCUCCUAUGGCCGGCCUGCUCCAAUCUGUCUCAGUUAAGGUUGGAGACCACGUCACCGACGGUCAAGAGCUCUGUGUCCUUGAAGCGAUGAAGAUGCAAAAAAGCUUGUCUGCUGCAAAAGCUGGCGUGGUAAAGAAAGUCAACUUCAAGGCUGGCGACAACGUUGGAGAAGGCGAUGUGUUGUUCGAGCUUGAAUAAGUGAGCCGUUUGGCUCACCAGAUUUCAACGCAAACACUCUGGUUCCUCCUUAUCUGAUCCGUACCUCACCAUGUUUUGUGCUUCAAGUCGAACAGAUGAAAAUCCAGUUAAAUCUUUCUACUUUCUUGAACAGCAACU